CCUAAGGUUCUGUCAAUCCCUCACUUUACUGCCCAAUGACCCGAAUUUGUCUUUCUAGAAUGUUCUUUUCAUUACCAAGGCCCACUCCUACUCGACUUGUCACGUUUUGUUGAUAAAGCUACAUUGUGUCUUUAAGAUUUAAAAAAAUAUAUAUAAAUUACAUACAUUUCAGACACUUUUGUGUUAGUUUUCCCUGAGGUAGAUAUCACUAUAGAGGAAGAGAUAAUAGGCUGUCUGUCACCUUCUCAGUGAACUUGGGUAACACGCUUCGGCGAUCAGCGCGGUGACAGCGGUAUCAACUGUCAAUAAACUAGAAAUCCCCUGCUGCACCUUUAAGAAGGUAAGUGUUGGGUGUGGUUUGAAGUUUCCGGAUAAACACGCGCGAGUAAACAGCCAGGUAGCCAAAUGGCUGAAAAAUUGUAGCAUGUGGCAGAUCCAUGGAGAAGAAAAAUAUUGAAUUAUAGUGGCUCAUAAUUCCUAUAUUAAUUACUUUAACCAGUGUUAUGUAAACUAGGUGUAGAGGUGUCACCGCAUGCACAACAGGUAGUCAGACAGAGGUUGGCAACCAAAGCAUUUGUCUAACUAUAAAUCAGAGUAUAUAUGCUAUACAGUAGGAGGAAUAAUUAUGAAUGCCUUCGCAGUUGCAAUUUUUCUUCAGGUCAUGCAUCAGACCGUUGCAGCAAAUGGGCGCUCAGAUGAAACUGCUGUAGCUGGAACACUGGGAGAGAAUAUUAUACUUCCGUGUUGGAACACUGCGACCAAUGUGACCCCCUCAUUUACACGAUGGAUGAAGAAUGGACAGUUUACCAUUGAACGCAAUCAUACCAUUAUAAUUCCAAUAUCCUCAAGUGAAGGGCACCUGACCAUACUGUACAAUCAAAGCUUGUACAUCAACGGAGUAAAUCUAUCAGAUGAGGGGACAUAUCUCUGUGAUUCUUUGCCCCAUGAGAACAAAACUCAAACAAGUCUCACAUUGCAAAUAGUCAGUGGUCCUGACAAUAGCAUCAUAGACAUCCAGCCAGCCACGCCUCUUUCCAACGGAACUCUCUUUGUUGUCAGGGGUUCCACGGUGUCAUUCAACUGCUCCAGCUUGUCCUACCCCUCCCAGAGCCUGUCCUGGGGGUUUCAGGGUGUGGCGUCCAGUAACGACUCUCUGGCGGUGGGCAGUGGGUCAUGGCUGGACUUCAGGAUAGAGGAUGUUCAGCCCACAGCUCAGGGGAACUACAGCUGCAGAGCCCAGAACGCAAUCUCCCAGAAGGCUGCUGGCUGGAGCACAGAGCUGCUUGUAUACUAUUCCCCAGAGAGGCACCCAGAGUGUCUGUGGAAUGCAGGGAAGGAUCCGUCCCAUGUCCAGUUCAGCUGUAGCUGGUUUGGAGGCUACCCCUCUCCCACGUUAUUCUGGGGGGAGAAGCAUCAGAAGUCAGGGAGCCAGGGGAAGCAGGUGGCUGGACAACUGAUGGAGUCGGAGGAGACCGAUAAUCUGGUGGUGAAUCUGAACAGGUCGUUGUUGUUCGAUGGGCAGAUGCUGAAGUGUAAUGGGCAUCACCCUACGAUCAGUCCAGGAGAGGAGAAGUUCUGCUCCUUCACCCUGAAGUCCCCCUAUCCUGAAGGGGAACCACUAGUCACAGCGGUAGAAGGAACCAACGUGACAUUAAUGUGUACAGAGUCCAGCUCCCUGCCUCCAGCCCUCACCAGCUGGCAGAGGACAGCCCAGCAGGAGGACGUGGUCUCCAGCCCUAAGUACGUCCUGUCAGAGCAGGGCCCCACCUUCACCCUCACUAUAGUCAACAUCACCAAGCAGGACGAGGGCCUCUACUUCUGCAGGAGCGAGAACCCACUGAUGGUCCGCGAGUUGGAGAUCUAUUUAACAGUUAAAGCCACCGCUCAAUACACUGGAGCAAUCAUAGGGAUAUUCAUAGCUAUUUUGAUAGUUGGAUCUGGGAUUGUUAUUGCUAAAACAAUAUACUCCAACCGUGACCGAAUAUGCCUGGGUAAUGGAUUUGAGCAAAUGGAGGAGAGAGAUGUGUUGAGCCUGGUAGAGGCAGACGAAGAGGAGGUGUUUCAUGAAGCUAUACCCAGACUGCCACCUCUGCCUCUGACCAACGGACACAACACUACACUUGUAGAGAUACACACAAUACCAUCCAUUGACCAUGAAGAUGCAGAAAUUCUUGAACAUCCAUUACAGCUAGAAGAUAGAGAUAUAGAUGAACUUGUCACAUUUUAGGUGUUGUAAGACUUUUAGAAAACAGUUUUUUCUUGUGUAAUGAUUGGUGGUUGGUUUUGUACAGUAUGUAGAUACAGUAUAUAGGUUUGCUUUUUACCAUCCAUUUGACCUUUGUUUUGUUUUAGCUUCAGGCUUAUUAAGUGAUACUUAACAUGGUUAUUUCAAUGAAUUGUUGCCAUUUACCUCAUUCAAUUACAUAUUUGACAAUAAUAUAACAUUUUGUAUUACUCAAACACAAAAUUAAACCUGUUUUUUUUUAAGCAAA